AUCAAGUUCCGUAACAUUCCGCUUGUCUCUCUGCUUCUAUCUAGACAAAACCAAAACUCUAAAAACCUCGCCGUCCGCCAUUAUAAUAUAAGUGACGCCAUCAAUUUACACGGAAUUAUUUCUCCGACCAUCUGCAAUCUAUUACACUAUUAUUUUAAAUUAUAAAUAAGUCAUUUAAAAUCAGCAACAAAUGAGUGACAUUGAGCAUAGUGGGAGCCGCAGUGCUAGCCCCCGUCGACCACGAACAUCAGAUGGAGGUCUUCGUGAUUCGCGAUCACGCUCCAGAUCGCGUAAAUCACGGGAGAGAAAAGAACGACCAGUUAAAGAAUAUUCGAGGUCAAGAAGUCGUUCUGUAUCACGUGGACGUAAACCAUAUCGUAGUACCAAAUAUGCAGCUGGCCGGAGUCGUAGUCGCAGCCGAUCGCCGUAUCGUGGUGGUGACGGACGUUAUUCUCGCAGCCGAUCACGUUCAUACUCACGGUCUCGUUAUUCACGUGAACGAGAUCGUAAUAUUUAUCGAUCACAUUCACGCAGCCCCAUGUCAUCAAGACGUCGACACGUUGGUAAUCGUGAUAAUCCUUGUCCUUCACGAUGUCUUGGAGUUUUUGGUCUGUCCAUUUACACAACUGAGCUCCAAAUACAUCACAUUUUUUCUAAAUAUGGACCCGUGGAACGAGUCGAAGUUGUUAUUGAUGCUAAGACCGGACGAUCUCGAGGAUUCUGUUUCGUAUACUUUAAAUCAAGUGAAGAUGCUAAAGUAGCUAAGGAACAAUGUUCUGGAAUGGAGAUAGAUGGACGACGAAUAAGAGUUGAUUUUUCAAUUACACAACGAGCACACACUCCUACACCAGGAAUUUAUAUGGGUAAACCGACAUACUUGCAUGAUAGAGGAUGGAAUGGACCACGACGUCGAGAGAGUUCUAACUACAGAAGCAGCUACCGCCGGUCGCCGAGCCCGUACUACAACCGCCGGAGACCUCGUUACGAUCGAUCAAGAUCACGUUCUUAUUCACCACGUCGAUAUUAAAGUGAGUCGAGUUACGAUGCGAGUGGUCCAGGUGUAUCGGAAGCCAUUUAUCUGUCUUGAGCCUUUGACCCUUCUUAUUUCUUCUAUACUAAAGGGAGGGUCAAAAUUUAAAAGAUCAUUAAAAAAAAGUUAAUACAAAAAAAUAAAAUGAAUAUUGCAUUAUGUUUUUAUCUCUGACUUGGCUCGAUUAAGCUAUUGUGGGCUUUUUUUUAACAUUAGCGAGCAGCAUGGUCAGAAUGGACAACCUUAUUUUCAUUAAUUAUUUAAACAAACAAAAUAUGUAUGUCCUAUAUAUACAUAUGAUUUGAAAAUAAGGUUUUAGAUGUAUCGUGUUACUUACAAUUAGGACGUAAAAUAAUUUUUGACCAUUGCCUAAGAUCGUACACACUUUAUUUAUCAUAUAUAUAAAUACAAAUGCAUAUAUAUUUAUAUGAAUUUAAAAUUUAAGUAAAGCAUUAAUGAAUUGUACGAUUUUACGGUUUAUUUUCUAACAAAAAUUCGUAAAUAAUAAUUUACAAUUAUUAUAUUUGUUAAUAUGUUUUAUUGCAUAUAAAGUUACAGUUGUAUUGUAAAUUUAUUUAUUAAGUAAAGACAAUCUUAUAAUUUUUAUAUUAAUGUAAGAUCAUUUACAAACGUCCUUAUUGUAUUAGUACCGCGGUAUUGAGUAUAAUUAAGACUUGUAAAACAAUAACUAUUUUUUUUUUUCAAUUAUUUUAAUUUUAUUCAAAUAAAUUAUUUAAUAAGAUCAAUUUACCUUGAUGUUAUAUAAAGAGGGAAGGGUAAUAAGGUAAAAAAAAUGUGGUAUUUUUAAAUAAUUGAUAAAAUUGAUAAGUCAAAAAAAAAUUAAUCUUAAUAAUUAAUAAUAGUAAACAAUAAAAUUAAGAGAAUAAAAAAACUAAAAACUAAGAGCGAAUGUAAGUUCUCUAACAUGUUUGUUUGUUUAUAAGGUUUUGAAUCAAGAGGUAUUGGAUGAUAGAGGGAAGUUUGAAGUUAUGAAAAAAAAGUAUAGAGAAAAAAAUAACAGAGAUUUGAAAAGAGAAAGAGGCCGAAGAAACUUGUAUAAAUAAAAGUUUAAAAAAAAAUAUAUAAAUAUAUAUUUAUAUAAAUAUAUAAACGAAAAAUAAUAAUAAAUUCAUGAAGAAUGUUUACUCGGAAAAAACUCUUACUCAAAUUUUCAAGAUCUCAAGGGGUUUAUACUCGCGCUGACAAAGAAUAUGAUCCAAUCCCGUUCACUUAAAGUACAACUGCGAAGGGUGUCUCGAGGCUUUACUUGAAAAAUGAAGAGUCCACGUGAUUGUUAGUGCUCAAUCAUCAAGAUAAAGUUCAAAGAAAAAUACGCAUCAAGCUCUCCCCAGAUUCACCAAUAACUGGAACUUUAGAAAAAAUAAUAAUUAGAAAAAAAAAAGAAA